AUGAAGAAGACGUUGCUGUUGUGUUUUAUUCACGGUUUCAAGGGGGGUGACGACACCUUUGGCGAAAAGUCCGAGUUCGCCCAGCAUCUCGCUGCUAUCGUAGGUGCCGCGCUACCUAAAGUCUCGGUACGCGCUAUCACAUACCCUCAAUAUGAGACCCGCGGCGACUUACACGAGUGCGUCGCCCGCUUCCGCGACUGGUUGCUUAACAAGGUGAUCGAUAUCGAGGUCGCCACCGGAACGCCUUCUCCAACCGUCGACCCUUCGGUUCGUACGAUCCUAAUCGGACAUUCCAUGGGUGGUAUCGUCGCCGCCGAGACUGCCAUCGGCCUCGCUUCCGAGGUACCCGUUACCCAUACCAAUAAAGCCAGUCAUCGCGACAGCCUUACCGUUUUAGUCGGCGAGUCUCUAGGUCCUACGAGUCUCAUGUUCCCCUACAUCCAAGGAGUUCUCGCCUUUGACACUCCUUACCUCGGAAUUUCUCCAGGAGUUGUUGCCCACGGUGCCGAGGGCCACUAUAACAGCGUGAACGGCGCCUUGACCCAACUGAACGGACUAUCCAGCAUCUUCUGGAACAACUAUAACCAAGCAUCCGGAAAUACCGGAGGCGCCAGCAAGAAGCCUACUGGUGCUCUACCCGCUCCCGAAUCACCUCAGGACAAGAACAAGAAGCAGGGCGGAGGAGGAUGGGGGUGGGGCCAGAUCGCGGUGGUGGCCGGAGCGGCGGGGGUGCUCUGGCAGCUGGUGGCGAAGGACGAGAUAGGGGCACAUAUGGCAAUGUUUGAGCCCAAGGAAAACCCCGGGUAUCGCAAGUUAUCGGAUGACGCAAAGAACUUGAUAGUACGCUGGUCUCGCAACGAAUGGUAUGAGACGAGCGGCGACAUGCAAUUGAAUAGACAAGAAUCGCUAAGCGGGGCGUGCAAGCUAUUGUUUAUAGGUGAUUUUGUUUAUACUUCUACAUAUAUAUUACCCUAA